AUGGAGGGAGCAAAAUAAAAGGAAAGUGAUAGAAUCUCACUUCCUAUAUAAAACUGACACACAACUAUACCGGCCAAAAAACAAACCAACAACCUUUCCGCAUUGAUAAAAAAACGCCGCCCUCCAUUCAAUUCUUCAACAAACACUUCCCACAUGAGUACUACUAAUCUUCCACAUAUUCCCGGGGGCAUAAAUUCGCCGGCGGUGACUUCACCAUCACCGCCGGAGAAUCAGUCCUUGGGUAUCGACAUAGCCGACUCUGACUUUGUCGUGAUCUUAGCUGCCUUACUCUGCGGGCUAAUUUGUGUGCUUGGACUUGUUACUGUUGCUCGUUGCGCUUGGAUUCGACGGAUCGCUGCCGGAGGAAAUUCAGCUGUUCCUCCUCCUCCUCCGGCCAACAAAGGUUUGAAGAAGAAGGUCCUUAAAUCACUCCCAAAGUUCAGCUACACACUAGAACAAUCUGCGAAAUUCUCUGAAUGUGCAAUUUGCUUAACGGAAUUUGUUAACGGAGAUGAAAUACGAGUAUUGCCGUUGUGCGGCCAUGGAUUCCACGUGGCGUGCAUUGAUACGUGGUUAGGAUCGCAUUCGUCUUGUCCGUCUUGCCGGCAGAUACCAGUGGCUGCCAGGUGUCAUAAGUGUGGGGCCGUCGGUGGUGAGUCGUCGGGCAGCCGAUCGGUUCCUACAGAUUAUCAUGUAAAUGCAUUUUUACCUUAGGAAGUAGUGGGGUAAUAUUAUGUUUAUGAGUUCGCGAUUCUAGUUUUUUUUU